UGCAGUGGUAGAAGAGCGAGGCGAGCUGAGUGUCAGAAAGAGUAAACACCUUCAGCAUGUCUAAGAAGGAGGAGCUCACGGAGGAGAUCAUGGAGUCCAAAGUGAUGUGGUACCCGGACUCCAAAAAAAUCACACAGAUGGACCUAUUCAUGGUCAGGAUAAACAGUAAUUAUGGGCUGAAUUUGGCUAAUUACAAUGAUCUGUACCAGUGGUCUGUUGAAUGCUACCCAGAGUUCUGGGGGGAAUUUUGGGACUUCAGUGGUAUCGUUUACUCCCGCAUGUUUGAUGAGGUAAUUGACAAAUCCAAAGGGAUCUCUGAUGUUCCAGAAUGGUUUAAAGGAAGUCGUCUGAACUAUGCAGAGAACCUCCUUAAACACAAAGAGAAUGACAAAAUUGCUAUCUAUGCUGCACGGGAAGGCAGAGAACAUAUCGAGAACGUGACUUUUGAUGAGCUGAGACGAGACGUUGCCCUGUAUGCUGCUGCCAUGAGGAAGAUGGGAGUCACAACUGGAGAUCGGGUUGUAGGUUACCUGCCAAACUGCAUACAAACACUAGAAGCGACCCUGGCUGCAGCAAGCAUUGGUGCUAUCUGGAGUUCCACAUCACCUGAUUUUGGGGUCAAUGGAGUGCUGGACAGGUUUUCCCAAAUUCAACCCAAACUAAUCUUCUCAGUUGAAGCUGUGGUUUACAAUGGAAAAGAACAUGGUCACCUCGAGAAACUACAGAGUGUAGUGAAAGGAUUGCCAGACUUGAAAAAGGUUGUUGUAAUUCCUUAUGUUUUCCCAAAAGAAAAGAUUGACAUCUCAAAGAUUCCUAAUAGUGUGUUUUUAGAUGAAUUUCUGGCAAGUGGAAAAGUUGGAGACCAAGCCCCACAACUGGAAUUUGAACAGCUGCCAUUUAACCAUCCUCUGUUCAUCAUGUACUCUUCUGGGACUACUGGAGCUCCCAAAUGCAUGGUUCAUUCAGCAGGGGGAAGUCUCAUACAACAUCUAAAGGAGCACAUUUUGCAUGGCAACACAACCAGCAGUGACAUUAUCAUGUAUUAUACAACGGCUGGAUGGAUGAUGUGGAAUUGGCUGAUCACUGCCCUAUCAACUGGGGCUUCCUUGGUGCUGUAUGAUGGCUCUCCUCUUGUUCCCAGUCCCAAUGUGCUGUGGGAUCUAGUAGACCGACUGGGGAUAACCAUUAUGGGGACUGGUGCAAAAUGGCUGGCUGUUUUAGAAGAGAAAAAUCUGAAGCCAUCUGAAACAAACAGUCUGAAAACCCUUCAUACAAUACUAUCUACAGGAUCCCCCUUAAAGCCUCAAAGCUACGAAUAUGUGUAUAAUAGUAUAAAGAAAAAUGUCCUGCUAGGCUCUAUUUCAGGUGGCACGGAUAUUAUAUCGUGUUUCAUGGGCCAAAACGUGCGCCUUCCAGUUUAUAAAGGAGAAAUUCAGGCCAGGAACCUUGCAAUGGCAAUAGAAGCUUGGAGUGAAACAGGAGAGCCUGUGUGGGGUGAAAGUGGGGAGCUGGUGUGUUUAAAACCAUUACCGUCUCAACCCACUCACUUCUGGAGUGAUGAGAACGGCAGCAAAUACCAAAAGGCUUAUUUCUCUAAAUUCCCAGGUGUCUGGGCUCAUGGAGACUACUGCAAAAUAAAUCCAAAAACUGGAGGGAUCGUCAUGCUGGGCCGCAGUGACGGCACCCUCAAUCCUAAUGGGGUGCGAUUCGGGAGCUCAGAAAUCUACAACAUAGUUGAAGCCUUUGUGGAAGUCUCAGACAGCCUGUGUGUCCCUCAAUACAACAAGGAUGGAGAGGAACGAGUCAUCUUGUUUCUUAAAAUGGCUGACGGCUACACUUUCAGCAAAGACCUAGUGAAAUGGAUAAGAGAUUUAAUUCGUGUGGCAUUGUCUGCCAGGCAUGUGCCAGCUUUAAUCCUAGAAACUACAGACAUUCCAUACACAAUCAGCGGGAAGAAAGUUGAAGUUGCUGUGAAACAGAUUAUUGCAGGAAGAGAAGUCCAGCACCGGGGGGCUUUUUCAAAUCCCCAGUCUUUAGAUCUAUACCGCAAUAUUCCAGAGCUGCAGAAUUUCUAAGAAAGACUCAGUAUUUGUCCCGCAAACUUGUACAUACCAAUACUGUAGAGAGAGGAUGAAUUUAUAUGCCAGAGGCUUUUAAUCAAGAUGGGGGUUAUUGAUUUUAUUGCGCUUGAAAUUAAAUCUUCACCUCUGCUAAAGGAGCAAACUAUGAUAUUUUGGCAACAAUGAUGUUAUAUAAGUAAACAUGUAUAAAAGAAAAAUUGGCUUUAAAAAAACGCAUCAUCCAGAACACAGCAUGUAAAAUGUUUCUUAGUAAAUAUUUGCUGGCUACCUAAACAUUUAACAUGUGUUAUUACACUCCUGUAAUGUCUGACUAUAAACAUAUAGUGCUUGAGUGUUAAAGAAUGAGUCAUUUUUCACUAAAUUGAUGUUUAUUGUUGGUGUGCGUGUUUUUUUUUUUUAUUAUUAAACAGCUGAAAGAAUCUUUGAGCUUUGGAAACUAUUUAGAGAUGAAGGCUUAAAUUUAUCUUUUUGAAAUUGUAACUGUAAUUUUUUUUUAUUUUAUAAUCCCAUUUAGUUUUUAAUGGACUAAGUGGAGUUAAAUGGUACAUGUUUUGUCUCUGUUUCUAGAGAUUUAAAAUUUGUGUUCAGCCUGUUUAUUUCUCCUACUAUAGUUUGAUUGGAGAAUAGCUUAAAGGGACAUUAUACACUAUUUUUUUCUUUGCAUAAAUGUUUUGUAGAUUAUCUAUUUAUAUAGCCCAUAAAGUUUUUAAAAAAAAAAAAAAAAUGUAUAGUUUUGCUUAUUUUUAAAUAACAUUGCUCUGAUUUUCAGACUCCUAACCAAGCCCCAAAGUUUUAUGUGAAUACCGUCAGUUACCUACUCCAGCUUGCUACUGUUUGUGUAAAGGGUCUUUUCAUAUGCAAAAGAAGGGGGAGUGUCUUAUUUCCCACUUGCAGUGGGCUUUCCAACUACUUUUUCAACAGAGCUAAACUAAGAGGUUCUAAGUAAGUUUUUAAACAGUUUUAUACUGGAUUUUUAUAUCAGUAUCUGUGCAUUUUAUUCUUUAUAGUAGUGUCUAUUACAUGCAGUUAUAUGAAAAUGAGUGUAUACUGUCCCUUUAAGUCAGCAAUUAGAGUUUCAGAUACCGAUGUGAAAUUGUUUUAAAAUUGCAGUUCAUUGAAUGUGCAGAAUAACCGUUUGGCUUCUAAAUAUAUUACAAAAACUUUUGGAAGUCAGACAUUCUUGUAUAACUGGAGAACCACUGAAACCAAUCUUUAAAAAAACAUGUUUUAAAAAAAUGAAAUUUGUUUUUGCUGUUUUAUUAGUGUGAUAUUUUUUUAAAGGCAAUGGUUACAAGGGUUUGCUGAAUACUGUAUUUUUUUUAUGACUAUUGUACAGCUUGUUUUCCUCUUAUAUUUAAUGUUAUAUAAUCAAGUAAAAACAAUGACCGCUAAAAGUGUCUAUGUAGAUUGUAGUGUAAAAAAAAAAAUGAUACAACUUUUGAAGGAUCAUGAAAUGGGGCUGCUUAUGUCUUUUUAUCGUUAUUGUCACUUUAAUAUAAUUUCUUAUAUAUUGCCAGUAAUUUAACUUGUAAAAGAAGAGUAGAUAGUUGCAUUUCAGGUAUUGGUUCUCAAUUGUUUAUUGAACAUAUGUAUCCUAUUUCUUUUUUCCAUAAAUCAUGUUAUAGGUAUAAGAUGUCUCUCAAGCAGUUCCAGGCCAAAGCUUAAGAAUAUAUUUGUUUUUAAAAAACUUGUUUGUUGUACUGUUAUUUGUUUUCUUUCAUUCAACAUCCAGCCAGAGACCAAUUACUAGUUAUUAUUAAUGUGCAUUUCUGAGGUAAAAUGAGCCUACUGUUGCCUACAAUGUGGCCCACAUAGAUGUGGUGCCAUAUAGAUAAGCGUGCUCACUCCCGUGGAGUUACCUAGGAGUUAGCACUGAUUGGUUAAAAUGAAAGCCUGUCAAAAGAAUUAAAAUAAAGGGGCAGUCUGCAGAGCCUUAUAUAAUAAUAAUAAUAAUAAUCACAGAGAUACAAUAUGUAUUAAUAUAACAGAGUUGGAUAUGCAAAACUGGGGAAUGGGUAAUAAACAUUUUUUGGGUAUUUUUAAUCAAUAAAAAUUCUGGAGUAGACUGUACCUCGAAAAUAAAGAUUUCACAAGCCUAGCCUUUCACCUAUCUGGCCCAUUUAGCUCCAGCAGAAAAUAUCUAAUGAAUAACUACAAUAAAGUGUGAUUUUGCUAAAAUAA